GUUUGCGGGGGAUGACAGCCAAACCCCUUCAACCUCACACGGUCCGGGAACUGUACAGGUUCAACUUCUGUUAGUACUACUGCGCCACCAGUUGGCCGACACAGCCCAGUUACUUGGUGUCCACAAUUGCCCACCAGCUGAAGAUCCUUCCAUCCUUCCGGCCAACCAGCUCAGCCAGCUCAGCCAUCGCAUUUUGUGAUCAUCUGCUGCUGUCAGCACCCGACUGACAAACAAAAACCCGAAAGCAUAUUUGUAUGUUUUGACGGCCCUUCUUGUUGUGGUCUUGGAACUGUUCUCUCUUCUCUCAUCAUUUUCCUGUGUAUCCCACAAAUCCGGAUUCCCUCGAAUAUCUCAACUCGAGUCGACAUCACUCAUCAAGUCAAUAAUUUGGCGAUACAAUUGGGAUAAACACCCCCGCCAACCUAACUCUCAGCCUAACGUUAGCACGACACCUAACCCAGCGCGUUUCCCCUCCCCCGCACGACCUGAAUCGAUAUCGAUACUGUUGUCGAGUACAACGUCACAACCGACUGACCCACGAUCCGAGCACCACUACGUACCUUACUACUAGUAACCUAGUCGCCGACGGCCGACAACAACAAGAACUACAAGAAGAAUAACAACAAGAUGGGUGUCGGUCGCGUGGUCUGUGUGGCCCUGCCAUUCCUGCUCACAGUAGCAUCGCUAGUAGCCCUCCUAGUAGGCGGCCUAGCAGGCGUCGCCGACAAGUCCAUGUACAUGUUCGACGUCAACCUUUCCAAUUUCUCCAUCUCGCUCGCCGACGCCGGCGAACUUUUGAACCUGAACGAGUCCUCCAUCCUCAAGGCCGGCGCGCAGCAGAUUUUUGGCCGUGACGUCGAGGCGACCACUAUCGACGACCUGACCAAGCGCGACGAUUCCAACGGCGGCCUCACCAACCUGACGGCGUCCCUGCUCGGCUUCUACGACAUCUACGACAUCUCCCUCUGGGGCUACUGCACCACGGCCCACAACGGCACGCGCGAGUGCACCAAGGCCAAGUUCAACUGGGCCGAGGACGCGCUGAACGGCACGCAGCAUGACAUCAACUCGCUGCUUACCCUCACGGGCCAGAACGUUACCCUGCCCAAGGAGGUCACGGACGCGUUCAAGACGUACGUGACGGCCAGCAAGUGGGCCCAGAUCGUCUUCAUCAUCGCCCUCGUCGCGCUCGUUGUCGAAAUCGUCUUUGGCAUCUUUGCCAACUGCUCGCGCGUCCUUUCGUGUCUUACGUGGUUGGUCGCCGGCAUCGCGGCCGUAGCCGUGUGCGGUUUCGCUGCCCUGGCCACCGGUAUCUCGGUCAUUGUCGUCGGCGCCGUCGAGACCGUGGCGGGCAAGUACAAUGCCGAGGGCGAGUUCAACAAGCGGUUCAUGGUGGCUAUUUGGGUGGCUGCGGCUUUUGCGCUGGCGUCCGCCUUUUUCUGGAUGUUCACCAUUUGCUGCUGCGCGCCUAGCUCUCAUGGUGGUCAUCACUCGAGCAGGAGCAGCAGACGGAGUGUCGGCAUGGAGAAUGAGAAGCUUAUUGGUAGCCCGUAUCAGCCGGUCGGUGGGUACCAUGCUCAUGGUGCCAAUGGUAAGCCGAGCCAGGGCUUCCUCGGUGGUGGUGGUGGUGGAUAUGCUAGCCAGCCGCAACAGCAGUAUGCUAAGCGCGAUAUGGCUUAUGAGCCUUAUUCCCACCAGAGGAUCUAAAGGGGGUUUGAGGAAGAUAGGGUGUGGUGGGUGGCGAUGGAGGAGCACUUUCACGGGGUGUUGUUAUGACUCUCAGCGAGCGAAAGGUUUUUACUUUGCUCGCUUUAUGACUUCGUUGGGGAUCAUCUUUUAUUGGUGCAUUUCACGGCGUUUGGAAAACUACUAGAUGGAGAAGGGCGUCUAUGGAUAUACAUACACACAGGAGGACAGUUUGUCUGCUUGUAUGCCCAUUUUCGUGGAUGAUGAUGAUGAUGAUGAUGAUGAUACCUAUUCCUUUAUCGUUAGUUAUUUACUAGUUUUCGAGCUAUAACCUGAAAUGGACGAAACAUAUCUCGUACAACUUACAGCCUCCUUUUUCCUUUCUAGUAGUGAAACAUGAAGAUUCAACCAUCCUCAAGCAUCCUUUUCCCUCUUUCCG